AUGGCUUCGGCCCCCGAGAAGCCGAAGCUGCCACCUCCUUCGCUGCCAUCAGCACCUGCAGCAGCUACGCACAAUUCCAAGCGGUUUGUGUUGGCGUUCUUUGUUGUGGCUGCGUACAUCGCGUGGUCAUUUGGCGCUUGGGAGACCGUUCUUGAAAGGAUCAGCAUGCGCCCUCAACUUCGACCGGUUAUAUUGCUCGUCGGCGACUCUCUGACCGAGAAGGGGGCGAUACCCAAGACCAAUGGAUGGGUUACAUUGCUGCAGUACGAUUAUCGACGCUCGGUUCAUGUGGUACCCCGCGGACUCUCCGGUUACAAUACAAAAUGGUACCUGAAGUAUGGAAUCCCGAGCAUUCAGAGCGAAAUCUCCAGCGGAGCCUACGUGCCUUCCUUGAUCGCAAUAUGGUUGGGAGCCAACGAUGCCGCAUUGCCCAACGGAUCUGCAGUGGCACAGCACGUUCCCGUCGAGUCUUACAAAGAAAACCUUGUCUUACUUGUGCUUCAUUUCCAACAAAUGGCUCCAGAUGCUGGAAUUCUGUUCAUCACACCGCCGUGCGUCGACGACGAGGUCCAGGAGAAGAAUGCUCGGAAAUACGAGGGCGAUAUGAAAAACAUGGUCGUCCACUCCAACACAAUGGCUGGGAUCUACGCCCAUGCUUGUGUGGAGACGGCGAGCAAGUUGGGGUUGUCCGUGCUGGACCUUCACACUUAUUUCAACAACAUGACCCAGUGGGACCGCAAAAACGUUCUCGAAGAUGGACUGCAUCUCAACAAAAGAGGCAACAACUUCAUGUACCAGCAACUCCGCCAAAAGAUCGAUGUCGACUUUCCCAACAUUUCGCACAAACUCGAUCGCUGGCAAAUUCCGACUUAUGAAACGUGGAUUGAGGCAGAUCCGUGGCUUCCGGACGAUAACAACAGUACCAUAUUGGAGACGUCAUAA